CGCUGAGGCUCUUCCGCGAUCGCUCCACUCCAGACAAGGUAGCAUUCCUCUCAGCUCUAGAUUCUGGCCGCGAUCUCCCCUCCGGCCGCUUGAAUCACUCCUCUGGGCUAGAAUGCGGGCAUGAGAUCGGCAGUCCACAAGAAAAUCUCGUGUUCUGGACCCGUCUAUUUGCGGAGCACGCCAAGAAAGGCCAGAUGGAAGCGGCGUUUCUUUCGCUGAGGCGGAUGCUGAGCGAAGGAAUCCUGCUCGAUCGAGUCGCCGCUUCGAUCGUUCUCAAGGCCUGCCACAGGCUCGAGCUAGGAGAAGCGAUCCACUCCUGGAUCGACGAAUCCAGAUUCAACCGGGUGGAUCGCGCGGAAGAAAUCUUUUUUGCGCAAGGCGAUCAUUCAUCCGCGGUAGCCGCUUGGAAUUCCAUGCUAGCGUCGUAUGCCCGGUGUGGGCAUUCCAGCGACGCGCUAGAGCUAUACGAGACGAUGCAGCUGCUCGGGAUCAAACCCAAUGGCAUCACUUUCGUCACGGCUUUAAGCUCGUGUUCUUCGAUCGACCAUGUAUGUUUGCGAGGUGUGGCUGCCUAGACGAUGCUGGCGUGAUCUUCCGGGAGAUGAAGAACCGAGACUUAGUUUCAUGGAAUCUGAUGAUCGGCCUCCAGCAAGAAGAACACUGCGCUCUCCGGUGUUUCCAAGCCAUGCUGCUUGAAGGACCAUCGAAUCUCCGGGCUGCGAAGAAGAUCCAUGGCUGGAUCCGUGAGAGCCUGCUUGAAUCCAACACGGAAAUCGCGAACAGUCUCUUGAGUGUGUAUGGUAAGUGUGAGAGUUUGGACGACGCGGUGAUGGUUUUUGACGAGAUGAUCCACAGGGACAUUGUGAGCUGGAACACUUUGAUCGCAGCGUUUGUACAAAACUACCAUCACGAUCAUCGAGCUGUGGAGCUUUUGUGGAGAAUGCAGCAACUUGGCGAAGCUCCGGACCGGAUCACGCUCGUAAGUUUGCUCCAGUCUCAAGAACUGACGACGAUGCAUGCUGUUCUUGGUGUAGCUCGCGAUUGGAACUUGUCGAUCGAUCGUGUCGUUGGCGACGCGCUGAUCCACACUCUGAGCUCAAACGGCGACAUCGAAUCGGCCGCGCUCCUCUUCGACUUCAUGGGAAAGAAGGAGGAUUUAAAUCUAUCAUCGUGGAAUGCGUUGAUCGGAGCAACAUCUCGGCGCUCUGGCGAUAGCACCCUCGAGAUCUUCCGGAGAAUGCAGCAGCUCGGGGUAAAUCCAGACUCCAUCUCCUUCUCAAGCGUGAUCUCUUGCUGCAGCCACUUUGGUCUCCUGGAUCACGGCGUCCAGAUCGCACAAUCGAUCGCUCCAGACUAUGGUAUUCUCAUUAGCCUCGAAAACUAUAGCUGUGUCGUUGAUCUUCUUAACCGUGCCCUGUUUUAGGGUUCCUCC